UUUGGUACUAUUACCCCCAACAAUUGCCAAAUACCCAACUCCAUUUUUUUUCAUAAGAGGUCCCCUCUCUUUUAUCUUUCUCUACAGUAAAGACUGCUUUUUUCGUCCAUUUCUCAAGGAAAGUUAUCAUCUUUGUGACUUCAGGUUCUUGUUUCCUGGAAAAGAGAGAAGAAAUUGGCCAGUUUUUGAGUUUCUGUUGUUGAUGGAGCUGCUGAUGUUAAUCUCUUUUUCUAAUAACAAGGGGGUUAAUUAUGUGAACUUGGAGUUCGAGUAAUGGGUUUGGUCAGCUCACUGCAUUUAGGUAUCAGUAUUCUUCGUGAUGGCCUCAACACCUUCUACCAAGAGUUCUCGUAGGUCUUCACCUUCCCAAGUUUCAAAAAGUAACAAAUUAGAGAUCGCAACUUCUAAAGAACGAGAAGUUGUAUCGAAGCAGCUUAUGGUUGAAGCAACAGCCAGCAAAAAGUCACAGAGCUCUCAGCCUAAGGGAUCUCCCAACUUGCUUGCUGAUAAAUUCGAUUCAAGCUUAUAUUUGGGCAAUUCGAAAGAAGCACCAGGCGGUGUAGGCACUCUGCCUACCGAGGCGAAGGGCCCACAAGGCAGCACAGCUGAUCAGGAGAGGAAGAGUUCUAUUAAGGACAGCUCAGCAUCAGCUAAAGUUAGUGAUGGGGCUAGUAGCCUUGCGAAAACAAGUGGAAGUGCCAAAAUUAGUGAUCGAGCAGAUUUUCUUGAGAGUGGUAAGAGCAGCAUCUGUAGGGGGAGCACAGGCACUGAUGUAAGUGAGGAGAGUACUUCUAGCAGCUUGAGCAGCAGUGUCAACAAACCUCAUAAAGCUAAUGACUCGAGAUGGGAAGCAAUUCAAGCUAUCCGAACUAAAGAUGGGAUGUUGGAUUUGAGGCAUUUCCGGUUGCUGAAGAAGUUGGGAAGUGGUGAUAUUGGAAGUGUGUAUCUAUCUGAGUUAUGUGGUACAAAGUGUUAUUUUGCCAUGAAAGUUAUGGAUAAGGCGUCAUUAGCCAGUCGUAAGAAAUUGCNAUGUUAUUUUGCCAUGAAAGUUAUGGAUAAGGCGUCAUUAGCUAGUCGUAAGAAAUUGCUUCGUGCACAGACAGAAAGAGAGAUAUUGCAGUCCUUGGACCAUCCAUUUCUCCCAACACUAUAUAGCCAUUUUGAAACAGAAAAGUUUUCAUGUCUAGUAAUGGAGUUCUGCCCAGGAGGAGACUUGCACACACUUCGUCAAAGGCAACCAGGGAAGCAUUUUUCAGAACAAGCAGUGAAGUAUGAUAUUUGA